UUGUGGAAGCGUCUGAAAAUGUCCACAAAGGAGAAAAUAGAUGCCAUGAGGAGCGAGGCGAGAAAGACUGGUGGAGGGCCUUCCUCAAAUUUGAAUUUAGAUACAGUGGAGGAAAUUGUUUCAGGGAUGCUGGGGUCAUCAGUGGAUCCAUUACCAAUGGAUCAUGAUAAUGAUGUCGCAGCCUUUCAGGUAUCAGCUAUUGAGUUUCAUUCAGAUAGUCCCAUAAGUCAUCAUGGUGAUGUUUAA